GAUGUAUCAUUUCAAGAGUAGUGGCUGUGUGCAGCUGACAGACCUGGUUUCAGAUGCCAGUCGGAGCAUCCUCAGGCUCAUUAAUAAUGGAGGCCUCUGACAGGAGCAGUUUUGCCUGCCUUUGUUUUCCACUGUAGGUGAAGGGAGACAUGGAUCUCUCUGUUUUGCCAAAUAACAAUCAUCCUGACAAAUUCCUGCAGCUUGAUGUAAAGUCUUUAAUGAGGAGCUCAGCCCUCCUUCAUGCCAGCCUGGCAAGGUUUCCGGGUGGAAAUUAUCCUGCUGCACAACACUGGCAAAACCUUGUCUACUCACAGAGAGAAAAGAAUAACAUUGCUGCUCAACGAAUUAGGGGAUCCAAUGCAGCGAGCCUUGUCACUGCUGAUAGCCCCCCACCAUCCAUGUCAUCAACUAUGAAAAAUAACCCACUCUGUGGUGACCUAAGUUUGGAGGAAGCUAUGGAAGAAAGGAAAAAGAGCCCAUCAUGGACCAUUGAGGAAUAUGACAAACGUUCCCUGCACACAAACCUCUCUGGACAUCUGAAGGAAAAUCCUAAUGACCUGCGGUUUUGGUUGGGAGACAUGUACACCCCAGGUUUUGACACUUUAUUGAAAAAGGAAGAGAAACAAGAGAAGCAAUCAAAAUUCUGUCGUAUGGGUCUGAUUUUACUUGUCAUUACCUCCAUCUUGGUUACCAUAGUGACUAUUAUUACCUUUUUCACCUGAGGAAACUGUCACAGUCAGAGCUAUUUUAAAUUUCCUAAAAUUUUUUCUAGAUAAACAUUUGCAGCUUCCCCCAAAAAUAACAACAACAACAAAACCAUGUACAUGCAGUAUGAAUGGAUUGUUGA